AUGCCCUCCACCCCACGCAUCGCCUGGUAUGGACUCGGAAACAUGGGUCGCGGCAUGGUCAAGAACAUGGUCGAGAAAGGCGACUACACUAUCCCCUUCCUCAUCAGUAACCGCACCCGUGCACGCUCCGAUAAGCUUGUCUCCGCCCUCCCCGAAGGCAAGGCCAAAGUCGUGGACACCAUAGCAGAAGCUGUGAAAGAAGCCGACAUAAUCUUCACCUGCGUAGGCGACGACAAAGCAAUAGAAGAGACCAUCACAGCAGCACUCCAGGACAAAUCCGCAGCCAAAGGCAAGCUGUUCGUGGACUGCUCAACCGUCCACCCGGACUGCACGAACAAGCUCGCCAAAACCAUCAACGCCGCCGGAGCCGACUUCGUCGCCUGCCCCGUCUUCGGCGCCCCAGCCAUGGCAGACAACGGCCAACUCGUCUGCGUCCUCGCCGGCCCCAAAGCCCAAGUCGAUCGGGUGAAACCCUACUGCAAGGGCGUAAUGGGCCGCGCCGAAAUCGACUACUCCGACCAACCGCACGGAGCCGCCACCCGACUGAAAAUCAUAGGCAACACCUUCAUCCUCAACAUGGUCGAGACGCUCUCGGAAGGCCACACACUAGCGGAGAAAUCGGGCCUAGGUAGCGAAAACCUGCACGCCUUUAUCGAGACUAUGUUCCCGGGUCCAUACACAGCCUACUCCAAUCGUCUACGACAGGGGGAUUACUACAAGCGCGAGGAGCCAUUGUUCGCGGCGAAGUUGGCGAGGAAGGAUGCCGGACAUGCGCGGGCGCUGGCCGAGAGCUGUGGGGCGAAGAUGAAGGGGUUGGAGGUCGCGGAUAGGCAUUUGGAGGAGGUGGUGGAGCAUAUGGGGGACAAGGGGGAUAUUGCGGGGAUCUAUGGGGCGGUGAGGAAGGAGAGUGGGUUGGCGUUUGAGAAUUAG